AACCUAACAUUGUUCACUCACCUACUACUAUCCACUGUUCCAAGUAGAUUAGUAUAUUUACCAUUUCCCUGCAAUACUGAUUUCCAGUUGUUGUAGUUGUCGUUACCGUUCAGCUGCCAAUAUGAAGUGGUUGUUGUCGUGCACGCUGGUAGCGAUCGUUGCUGCAGCUACCUUUCAAUGGGCAGGAGCCAAGGUCCAUGGUGAUAGGACAGUCAAGAUAUUGGACAUGCAGCCAGGAGAGCAAGGAAGCGUCAUCAAGACACAUCGUCCAGCGCACUCUGCCGGCAUGGCUGGUGCAGCCGCAGUCGGUUUGGACCUUUGUGGUGUCUGUAUCCAGGUGUCAGUUAUUAUGGUCAAUGAGCUGCUGAACAUCAUUGCCAAUGAAGGUAUUCUGAGUGGAUGCACCACACUGUGUGGCAAGCUGCCGCAGAAGCUGGAGCAGGAAGUGUGCGACGCGGGCUGCAUCGGCGUCGGUCUGGACGAGUUCAUACACAUCCUGGAGCGUGUGGACAUCGACCCCAUCUUCUACUGCGAGUUGGUGCGCCUGUGUCCGAUUGUCGACUGCCAGGGAAGGUGCUUGAGCAUACGCUCGAUGAACGUCACUCCAGCUGAGGUGUCACUGGGCAAGCCCAUCAAAGCUACUGUAGAGCUUCAGGUGUACAACAAGACAGGCACUGGUAUGACCAGGGUGGACAUCUACAACCGUGCCCAGCCCAAGAUGCUGCCACUGCAACACGACUACCUGACUGUGGGGCAGGAUCCGGGACUCUACAGCGUGGCAAUCGACAUUGACACCGAAGAGGAGACAGACUUCUGGCACUACACACCCGGGCCCUACACCGUGCAGGUGUGGUUCUGCGAAGGCGAGUGUGGCAGUCAACACCCGCACUCCAAGAUCUACGACGUUCACAACGGCACGUUUGUCAUCACAAACUGAUGCUAGCAGUGUGCUGCACAGUCAUCAUGCCUCAAACUGGCAACCAUAAGAGUAUUACUUCGUUCCAACGUUCCUGCAUGAAUGAUGACUUGCCAUGCACAAGGAACACUUAUACCACAAUACUCACUUUGUUGAUCUGGACACUGGUGAACAGUGAGUAGUAAAAUGCUGGUAUUUUACUACUCACUGGUGAUACUGUAGCUGUUACCAUGGUUAUUAGCUGCUCCUCAGGGGGCAACAAUUGAACAUACAUUGUAUUAAACAUUUUGGGCAAUACUAAAUUAA